AUGCAGAAGACAAACCUGACUGCCAUAACCACCAUCCAUCUCUUGGGGUUUCAGGACACCUAUAGAGUCACCUUCUUAGUCUUCUUCCUUUUCUUUGUGGUUUAUUUGGUGACAAUAUUUGGGAACCUUCUGAUCAUCACCCUUGUGUCCUACAGCAGGAACCUCCACACCCCAAUGUAUUUUUUCCUCACACAACUCUCUGUGUCAGACAUCUUGCUGGCGACUGACAUUCUUCCUAAUAUGCUCCAUGCGGUGGUCGUGAAGGACAACAUGAUAUCUUUUACGGACUGCAUUGCUCAGUUCUACUUCUUUGAUGUCUCGGAGACUACCGACUGUCUGCUCCUCACUGUCAUGUGUUACGAUAGAUAUUUGGCCAUCUGCCAACCUCUGCACUACACAUAUAUAGUGAAUCACCAGUUCUGCCAUAGAAUGGUCAUGGUGACUUGGAUGACGAGUGCUUGUGUAGUAUUAAUUCACACUCUGACGAUAACAAAACUCAACUUUUGUGGGCCGAAUAUAAUUGAUCAUUUCUUCUGCGAUCUUGACCCCAUACUCCAACUUUCGUGCUCGGAUAUCACCGUGGUGGAGAUAGAAGUCACAAUGCUGAGUUCUCUGUUGGUGGUCAUCCCUUUCUUCAUCAUCCUUAUCUCAUAUGUUUAUAUUAUAUUCACCAUUCUACAAAUUCCAUCAAUCACUGGGAGGCAGAAGGCUUUCUCCACCUGCAGCUCCCACUUGGCGGUGGUCUCUAUGUACUAUGGGACUCUGCUUUGUGUUUACUUGGUCCCAAACAGAAAUUUGUCUUGGAACAUUAGCAAAUACCUGUCCUUGUUGUACACUGUGGUGACUCCUUUGAUGAAUCCCAUUGUAUAUAGCCUUCGAAACAAAGACUUACAAAGUGCGGUUGGAAAAGUUUUCAGCGACCUCUAUAAAAUUCCAAGAAAUCAACAGUGGCUUAUGUGA